AAACAUUACGCAAAUGGCCAAUAGUAGCAGCCUUUCCAAGAACCUGCACCAAAGACUACGAGUUGCCUCCAUUUGAAGGAGGCCCCAAAAGGGCAAUCGGAAUAAAAGAGGAGACUCUGGAUCCGCAGUACUUCUCCAAUCCUGAUAAAUUUGAUCCAUCAAGAUUUUUUGAAGGUUCUGCAGAAACUUUUACGAAAGAUGCUUUUUUCCCAUGGGGGGCAGGACCAAGACUUUGCCUAGGCCAAAGAUUUGCCUUCUUGCAAAUCAAGACGAGUGUAAUGGCAGUCGUGAGAUCUUUCAAAUUGAAAAUUUCUGAAGGGAAGGAUGCAGACCCUAAAUUAGACCCUAGGAGCUUCAUGCCAAGACUGGUUGGUGGUGCGUGGAUUACUUAUACACCGAGAUAAAAGAUGACUAAUGGAUUUAGGGCUUGAAAAUUAAUUUACUUUGUAUUUAUUUAUACACAGCAUAUUCCAUAUAAAUAAAGUAUA